CUGAGGGGAUUUAACGUGCUACACCACACAUCUGCUACGCUGGAUAUGGUCUUACAGGUGAAUCUAGUGAUGUCUAUCCUGCUCUACAUUAUGGUCCUCGUGUACCUCUAUGGCAUCCAGGCGACCACCGUGGACCACAGCAGCCGCAGACAGCAGCAGCAGGAGCAGCCCCAGCAGCCCAGCGCAGACCCCCUCAACUCCCUCAUCAUCCAACUGCUCCAGGCCGACCUCACCCGGGGCAAGUCCAAAACAAACCAGGACCAACACGGCAGGAGCAGGGACCCUGAAAUCCACGACAUCCAGGAUACUUUACCGCCUUUACCCCCGAAUCUUCCACUAGGGGGCAACAGCAUGGAUGAGCAGUGGGACAUAGAGGAUGUAUUGGACCAAAAUGUUAUGGUGGUGCAUUCAGAUCUACUUCGGCAACAUAAAAGAUACCACUCACCGCGAGUUUUGUUAAGUGAUCGGCCGCCAUUGCAACCUCCUCCAUUGUAUCUUUCAGAUGAUUUUUCCAGUGGGACGUCCGAAGGUGGGAACAGAACAAGGAAGAAGCGCUACGCGGAGCACCGGAGCUACAGAGGGGAGUACUCAGUUUGUGAUAGCCAGAGUCGCUGGGUCACGGAUCGGACGGAGGCGGUGGACGAUAGGGGGUCACUGGUCACGGUCCUGGCAAAAAUACGAACCAACGCCAGGGAGGAUAUUAAACAGUACUUUUACGAGACACGUUGUCAAAGUGAGCGGCCGUCCAAAGCGGGUUGCAGAGGAAUUGACAGCAAAAACUGGAAUUCACAAUGUAAGACGACACAAACUUUUGUUAGGGCUUUGACUCAAGUUCGAAACACUGUGGGGUGGAGGUGGAUACGCAUAGACACUUCCUGCGUUUGUGCGUUAUCAAGAAAACGACGCCGGACGUAAAGAUAUUUCUAAACAAAACACUGAACUUCUUGUAGGAUUUAAAUUCCUGUCGGGAAUAUGUGUCAAAUUAAGGAUACUAUGGAUGCUAAGGCGACAUUCCACUGCCACAUGCUGAGACAAGCUCCAGAACUUGUGGGGGCAAAUGUAAAUAUAUAAGUUAAUUAAAUUAUAUUAAAAAUGCAUGUAGAGUAUACAUGUUUAUCUAUCUAUAUAUGAUGUAUGAAUAUAUUUGUGUUAUUUAUUGAAAAAAGGAAUGUCUAAAUGUCUAUAAAACAAGCUCUACUCAGACAGAGAGGUGCUUCACAGUGACUUGUGCCUUGAUCAGUGGCUGAAAUUGCACUGAUUUCAAUUAUUAAGAAGCAGGGCAAAAAACAUACAUACAAAAAGUGUGACUAAGUGUCCAUUAUACAGUAGAGAAAAGGCCUGGGAUAAUGAUGAAGAUGGCUGUUCUUUGGUUUAAACUACAAUGUCAUACCUCAGUGUCGUGUUGUCAUUAAAAGCAUUUUGGUGAGAGCAAUGGUCCUGUUUACACAACAACAUGUUUUAUUAAUGAUUUGAAGUUAAUUCAUAUACUUGGAAA